CUCACGCCCCUUACCUUUGAUACAGGAUACAAGCAACACAGCAGCAGGAAGUGCCUCUGUCACCAGAAGCAGCCAUGGACCUUGUGCUGAACGUAGCCGACCACUACGUCCUGACGCCCUACGUCUACCCCGAGUCGUGGGCCGAGGACGGCGCCCUACGACAGAUUAUCAGCCUCCUGGUGGUGACCAACCUCGGGGCAGCCAUCUUGUACCUCGGCCUGGGAGCGUUCAGCUACUAUUUCAUCUUUGAUCACAAUCUGAUGAAACACCCGCACUUUCUGGAAAAUCAAGUUCAGAGAGAAAUUAAGUCUGCAAUGACCUCCCUGCCCUGGAUCAGCAUCCCCACCGUGGCCUUGUUCUUCGCUGAGGUCAGAGGUUAUAGCAAGCUGUAUGACAACGUCAGCGACUCCCCGCUGGGUUGGUCCGGUCUCUUCCUCAGCAUGAUCUCCUUCCUGUUCUUCACUGACAUGUGUAUCUACUGGGUCCACCGCUUCCUGCACCACAAACUUAUUUACAAGAUGUUUCACAAGCAACACCACAUUUGGAAGAUCACCACGCCCUUCGCCAGCCACGCCUUCCACCCGUUCGACGGCUUCCUGCAGGGCCUGCCCUACCACAUCUACCCCUUCCUGUUCCCCCUUCACAAGCUGCUCUACCUGGCUCUCUACGUGUUCGUCAACAUCUGGACCAUCUCCAUCCACGACGGCGACUACCGCGUCCCCGCCGGCCUGACCGGCGUCAUCAACGGCUCCGCCCACCACACUGACCAUCACCUCUUCUUCGACUACAACUACGGCCAGUACUUCACCCUAUGGGACCGGCUGGGAGGCUCCUACAGGCAACCGUCAGCUCUCAUGGGGAAGGGCCCCAUGGAGCUGGUUCGGAAACUGCAGGCAGAGGGAAAGUUGGGGAAACAGGAAGUGAACGGACACGCUCAGAGGAAAGAGGAGUAGCAUAGUUGGGAUUGAUUACAGAGAUCAAUCAGCUGCAAAACUGAGAGGAAAUAUUUCCAGUUCAUGUUCGCCAGAAAAGCUAACCCUGAUGAACAAGCUUCAACUUGCUUUGUUGUUUUCCUUUCAGCGGUGGAGUUUUGUGCACUUUUUAAAUUAGGGAUGAAAAACGUAUCACGAUAAAUGCGUCUCCUCAUGUCUUAGCUAGCUGUGAGAGUUUAAAUGACUAAAGACUUUCCUCUGCCUACAUUCCCCAGAAUGCUGUGUGGUUCUGGAUCAGAGUUCAAUGAAUAUUCUAUAUAUAGAAUAUUCUAUUGAUAUAGAACGCCAGGUGUCUUUAAAGCUCUCUGAGAGAGGUCCUCAGGUUCUGGACAGCCCAUCUUUCUUUCGUUUUUGUGUUGGACUCUUGUAAGGAAUAGCUGGUGAUGGACAAUUAAUCUGGGAGUUUAUUUCCUUUCAACUCAGAUCUUUGCUCCAGUGACUCACUGGGCGUAAAUCUGGAACCAAUGUUGCCGAAAUGGUACGCAACGCGAGCUGUAUUUCCACUGCAAAUGUCUGCAAAACUUUGUGGCUGUUCUGCUAAUGUUGAAAAAUAUAAUUUCGCAAUUGCGCUAUUUUCAUUAAGUGCACUGCAGUUUUGCAAAAUAAACAGAUUUCAGCACGGCUGAAAAACCACA